AUGCGCAGGCGGCAUGAGUUCGAAGAAGCGCCGCUCCAACAAGUUAAAACCGAGGGAAGUGCAACCCCAAAGGGCAGCUCCGAAACAAAAAAUAAAUUGCUUAAAUCAACCCAACCAACCCAAACGAUCGCUAUGGCUCUGCUGGCGCGUAUCCUGCACGCCCGCCUGAGGCGGGUGCCGGAGCGGGGCGGGCUUCUGGGCGGCGGGGCCCGGCUGAGGACCCGACCCCAGAAGCACACACAGGAAUAUGGAAAAAUCUUCAAGUCUCACUUUGGUCCUCAGUUUGUAGUAUCUAUUGCAGACCGCGACAUGGUGGCUCAGGUGCUCCGGGCGGAGGGGGCCAUGCCCCAGAGAGCCAACAUGGAGUCCUGGCAGGAGUACCGAGACUUACGAGGGAGAUCCACCGGGCUCAUCUCAGCGGAGGGUGAACAGUGGCUCAAGAUGAGAAGUGUGUUGAGACAGAGAAUUCUAAAGCCGAAAGAUGUGGCCCUUUUUUCUGGAGAAGUCAACCAAGUUAUUGCUGAUUUAAUUAAAAGAAUAUACAUCCUCAGAAGCCAGGCGGAAGAUGGAGAAACUGUGACCAACGUCAAUGACCUUUUCUUCAAGUAUUCCAUGGAAGGUGUGGCCACCAUCCUUUAUGAGAGCCGCCUGGGCUGCCUGGAGAACCGUGUGCCCCAGCUGACCGUGGAGUACAUUGAGGCCCUGGAGCUCAUGUUCAGCAUGUUUAAGACCUCCAUGUACGCAGGUGCCAUCCCCAGAUGGCUUCGGCCCCUCGUCCCCAAGCCCUGGCGAGAGUUCUGCAGAUCGUGGGAUGGACUCUUCAAAUUCAGCCAAAUUCAUGUUGACAACAAGUUGAGGGACAUACAGUGCCAGACGGACCGAGGCGAGAGGGUGAGAGGGGGACUCCUCACUUACCUCUUCCUUAGCCAGGCGCUGACGCGGGAGGAGAUCUACGCCAAUGUGACCGAGAUGCUGCUGGCUGGCGUGGACACGACAUCCUUCACUUUGUCCUGGGCUGUGUAUCUCCUGGCAAGGCACCCGGAAGUGCAACAGACGGUGUACCGGGAGAUAGUGAGGAACCUCGGGGUGAGGCACGUGCCUACUGCAGCAGACGUCCCCAAAGUCCCACUGGUCAGAGCGCUCCUUAAGGAAACCCUGAGGCUCUUUCCAGUGCUACCAGGGAACGGCAGGGUCACCCAAGAAGAUCUGGUGAUUGGCGGGUAUCUGAUUCCCAAAGGCACCCAGCUAGCCCUCUGCCAUUAUGCCACAUCCUAUGAAGAUGAGAACUUCCCUCGCGCCAAGGAGUUCCGCCCGGAGCGCUGGCUGCGGAAAGGAAACCUGGACAGAGUUGACAAUUUUGGGUCCAUCCCCUUUGGAUAUGGGGUUCGCAGCUGCAUCGGGCGGAGAAUCGCAGAACUGGAGAUUCACCUCGUCGUCAUCCAGUUGCUUCAACAUUUUGAGAUCAAAACAUCCUCUCAGACUAAAGCUGUUCAUGCGAAGACCCACGGGCUUCUGGCACCAGGAGAGCCCAUCCAUGUGCGUUUCGUUAACAGAAAGUAAAGCCUGGUCUUGGACCCCAGCCGCUGUGGCAGAGCCAGCUCACCAGCGCACGCGGGUGUGGUUGCGUGGCACUGGUCGCUGUAGAGGAGGAAAGUGAUCCUUCUGGACGGCUGUGUUUGAGCCUGGCCCCCCAAGGUCUGGCAGACUUGAAACUCUCGUGCACAGUGAUGUAAAAGGAAUGCCAUUUUACCUUUGAGUACCAGAGUUUCAGUUCCUUUGGGGAAGCAGCUGUGUAAAUCAUCAGUGGCCUUAAAUCCUCACGCCUCACCCAUUGGGCUAUAUUUGAUAUUUGAUGACUAGCUGUCCUAUGCAUUUGUGCAAGGAAAAGGCAGUUUACGUACCGAUUCAGUUCUUGAAUAUGUUCUCUGACACGGGCAUCGAGGCUGCAUGUUGGGAGGCAGUUUCAACUUACUGUCUCUAAUCUGAAGAGGGAGCAUUAAGACGCCUCUGUAAUACUGUAAUUAUGAGAAGAAAACACCAGGGACAACAUUUUACCUUGAACACCAGAUUUAGAGCCUAUGGAGAGUUCAAAAUGGAAAAGGUCCUGUUCUUCUUUUUCUCUCCAAACUAGGGCUUACUUUCCAAGUUGCAGCUCCCUCUGAAGUUGAACACUAGUUUUUAUUUGCAAGAAAAUAAUCAGGAAAAAAUAAAGCUGCUGGUGAAAUCAAGAAUCAUCUGAUUUUUCUGAGCACAUCUAAAUAGCAGGGAGAUGUUUAAGAACUGGAAAGAGAGCCACGUAAACUCUCGUUGCCUGAGUUGACAGAAACGAAUUCAGCAAGCACGGUGGAAAACAGUGUAACUUUAGAACGUUUUUAUUUCAAGGAAAAGUAAAUCUAUAAACAGAAACCCUGUGGGUAGAAUACAGUUUUAUCCUCACAAUGUUAUUUUAAGUAUCCAAACUGGAAAUGUGAUCCAGCUGUUGGUGUCACUCAAGACUCCAAAGGAAAGCCUGGGCUCCCAGGGGCUUCAGUCCCGCUAAGUCGUGCUGCCUCUCCUGCUGCCCCCUGGUGGCGAGGAGGACCAUUUUUAUAAUGUUCUCUACUUGCCACCAUGUCCGAAGCAUCUUAUUCCCAAGUCCAUGCAUCUUUUUACAUAUUUUUUUAAAAAUCACUUUCCUACUAAUAUAUACUAUAAAUCUUGCUUUCUCUUUAGUAAGUCAGCAAAAAUAACCCUUAAAUAAAAUAGAAUAUCCAUCUCAUAUACCAUUUUUGUUAAGUCUAUAGCAAUGUUGACAUCUCUGUGUGAUGACAGAAUAACCCUAGCAUAAAUGCUAUAAAAAUAUGUUCAAUUAGAUAUAAAAUUAUGUCAAAAUAACCAGCUAAGUAUUGGAGACUUUGAGGUAGCAGCAUAUAUAUUAACUUGUAUAAACUAGGUGAAAUUGUAUUCUGUUUGAGGCUGAAAUUAAAAAAAUAU